AUGGCAACUCUCACUUUCCAUCUUUCCCGCCUCGCCCUCCACCACUUCCAUUUUUCUCCCCUUCUCUUCAUAACCCGACACCGUGCCAUCUCGUUCCGCCGCCGCCACACCUCUGCUGCUUUCUUCUCUCGCCGCUCCUCCACCACUACUACCACCUCCUCCCGCCGCUUCUCAGUUUCCGCCACUGCUUCCACUUCUCCAGAGAGCAGUAGUCAUGGUGGUGGAGUGAUUGAUGAUGAAAAAUAUGAUGUGAUUGUGGUUGGAGGAGGGCAUGCUGGUUGUGAAGCAGCGCUUGCUUCUGCUCAUUUAGGGGCGAAAACCCUUCUUCUAACGCUAAAUAUCGACCGAAUAGCAUGGCAGCCUUGCAAUCCAGCAGUAGGUGGGCCUGCAAAAUCACAACUAGUGCAUGAAGUAGAUGCUCUUGGUGGUGAAAUUGGGAAAAUUGCUGAUAGGUGCUAUUUACAAAAACGUGUGCUAAACACAUCAAGGGGUCCUGCUGUUCGAGCUUUGCGUGCACAAACUGACAAAAGGGAGUAUGCUAUGGAAAUGAAAAAAAUAGUGGAGAGCACUCCAAACCUUUCCAUCAGAGAGGCAAUGGUGGUAGAUAUCUUGCUCGGAAAGAAUGACAACGUGGAAGGUGUUCGCACUUUUUUUGGGAUGAACUUCUAUGCUUCUUCAGUUGUUCUUACAACUGGAACUUUUAUGAGUGGUAAAAUUUGGGUUGGUAGAACUUCUAUGCCUGCUGGAAGAGCUGGGGAAUCUGCUUCAGAGGGACUGACUGAGAACUUGCAACACCUUGGUUUUGAAACUGAUCGGUUAAAAACUGGAACCCCAGCACGUGUGGAUAUUCGUACUGUAGAUUUUACUGGAUUAGAACCCCAGCCUGGAGAUGAAGAGGUCCAUUGGUUUAGUUUUGAUCCAGAUGUACAUAUUGAAAGGGAACAAAUGUGUUGCUACCUAACACGCACAACAAAAAUAACCCAUCAGCUUAUUAAGGAUAACUUGCAUGAAACUCCCACUUAUGGAGGGUGGGUUGAAGCAAAGGGUCCUCGAUACUGCCCUUCCAUUGAAGAUAAGAUUGUAAGAUUUCAAGAUAAAGAGUCCCAUCAGAUUUUUCUUGAACCUGAGGGUAGAGAUGUGCCUGAGCUGUAUGUGCAGGGGUUCUCAACUGGUUUACCAGAGAAACUGCAGUUACCACUCUUGAGAACUUUGCCAGGACUUGAAAACUGUUCAAUGCUGAGGCCUGCAUAUGCUGUGGAGUAUGAUUUCCUUCCUGCACAUCAAUGCUCUAGGUCUCUAAUGACAAAGAAAAUUGAUGGUCUUUUCUUCUCUGGUCAGAUAAAUGGGACAACAGGGUAUGAAGAGGCUGCAGCACAGGGAAUUAUUUCUGGUAUUAAUGCUGCAAGACAUUCAGAUGGUAAGCCUCUCAUUGUUCUUGAGAGGGAAAGCAGUUACAUAGGGACGUUGAUUGACGAUCUGAUCACUAAAGACCUUCGAGAGCCUUACCGAAUGUUGACAAGCCGUUCAGAACACCGAUUGCUUCUUCGAUCUGAUAAUGCUGAUAGUCGUCUAACACCUUUGGGGCGUGAAAUGGGGCUGAUAGAUGAUAGACGGUGGAAACUAUACCAGGAUAAGCAAGAUCGAAUUUCAGCAGAAAAAAAGCGUUUGAAAACUGUCAGGAUUUCAGGAGGAGAUUUGGCUGCUAAUGUUACUAGCAUGUCCAGACAGCCUGUGAGGGACUCUUCGACACUGGAGAGUCUUCUAAAGAAACCACAUGUGCAGUAUGAAGUUUUUGAUAAGCAUGGUUUUGGCAAUGAACAAUUAUCCAGAGAGGAGAAACAGUGUGUAGAGAUUGAUGUCAAGUAUGAGGGCUUCAUUGUGCGCCAGCAUAUUCAGCUCCAACAGAUGGCCCAUCAACAAAAUAGACCACUUCCAGAGGACUUGGAUUACCAUGCAAUGACAACUUUGUCUCAUGAAGCACGUGAGAAACUCUCCAAGGUCAGGCCACAAACCAUCGGUCAAGCAAGCAGAGUGGGUGGGGUGAGCCCUGCCGACAUUACAGCUCUUCUCAUUAUCAUUGAAGGCAACCGAAGAAAAGCUCAGGAACAGAGGAGAGACCAGAUGCUGACUUCUGUCAUGAUAGACACUGAUCACGAGUCCAAUGUCCCUUUGACAAAAACAAUCAGCUUGUGA